AUGCUGCCAACCUCCGAUGUCCACUGCUGGACUGACGCUGUGCGCAGAACGCAGACCCUGGCCGCUGUGCGCAGAACGCAGACCCUGGCCGCUCAACAGUUGACUUCGGACUGUUGAUGGUGACGUUCUUUGACGAUAAUAACGGUGUUUAGUAGGAAACGCUUCUCAUUACCGUUUAUGAAUGGGGUCCAGUUUGAAGUGCCCUUGUUUAAUGCCAACUUGUCCCCCCCCCCCAACAUUUUUUAAAAAAAUAACAUAGGCCUACAAAUCAUAGGGCUCAGGGGCGAAGCUUAGCUUUCACUCCCAUGGGUAAAAGGCAUAGCCCCCCUCCUGUGCCUAAAAUCUUACUCAUUAUGGGAAAUCGCAACCAGAUUUGCCAAGUCGAACAUUUACAUUUUAGUCAUUUAGCAGAUGCUCUUAUCCAGAGCGACUUCCAUGAGCAAUUAGGGUUAAGUGCCUUGCUCAAGGGCACAGACGGGGAUUAGAACCAGCGACCUUUCGGCUACUGGCACAACGCUGUACAGUACAAUAUCGCUUUUUAGUAUAACAUACCAAUGGGGGAGGGGGGAGGGGGGAGGGAGCACAUGGAAUGGUUUUAAGGUCAUACCAUGGAUCAUUUAGCUAUUUGAUUUGGAAUUUUAGGACCACUUUAGGUAUAAAAAAUGUUUAUUACAAAAAUGAUUUUUUUUACAUUUUUAGUCAUUUAGCAGACGCUCUUAUCCAGAGCGACUUACAGUUAGUGAAUACAUAUUUUUUUAUACUGGCCCCCAGUGGGAAUCGAACCCACAACCCUGGCGUUGCAAACGCCAUGCUCUAUCAACUGAGCUACAUCCCUGCCGGCCAUUCCCUCCCCUACCCUGGACGACGCUGGGCCAAUUGUGCGCCGCCCCAUGAGUCUCCCGGUCGCGGCCGGCUGCGACAGAGCCUGGAUUCGAACCAGGAUCUCUAGUGGCACAGUUAGCACUGCGAUGCAGUGCCUUAGACCACUGCGCCACUCUUGAUCAUAUAAUGAAUUUGGCCUUUGCUACCAUGGCCCAUAGAAAUGCAUUGAAUAACAUUCAUAAAUGGCAAAAAAGACAGUAAAAAAAUACAUCAGUGUCUGUCCUGUAUCUAGACAGCUCAGGAAAUACACUACCGGUCAAAAGUUUGGACACACCUACUCAUUCUCUGUUAUUACAACAACACCUCCAUCACUCCUGUCUGUUACUACAACAACACCUCCAUCACUCCUGUCUGUUACUACAACAACACCUCCAUCACUCCUGUCUGUUACUACAACAACACCUCCAUCACUCCUGUCUGUUACUACAACAACACCUCCAUCACUCCUGUCUGUUACUACAACAACACCUCCAUCACUCCUGUCUGUUACUACAACAACACCUCCAUCACUCCUGUCUGUUACUACAACAACACCUCCAUCACUCCUGUCUGUUACUACAACAACACCUCUGUCACUCCUGUCUGUUACUACAACAACACCUCCGUCACUCCUGUCUGUUACUACAACAACACCUCCGUCACUCUGUCUGUUUACUACAACAACACCUCCAUCACUCCUGUCUGUUACUACAACACACCUCCAUCACUCCUGUCUGUUACUACAACAACACCUCCAUCACUCCUGUCUGUUACUACAACAACACCUCCAUCACUCCUGUCUGUUACUACAACAACACCUCCGUCACUCCUGUCUGUUACUACACAACACACCUCCAUCACUCCUGUCUGUUACUACAACAACACCUCCGUCACUCCUGUCUGUUACCUACACAACACCUCCAUCACUCCUGUCUGUUACUACAACAACAACCUCCAUUACUCCUGUCUGUUACUACAACAACACCUCUGUCACUCCUGUCUGUUACUACAACAACACCUCUGUCACUCCUGUCUGUUACUACAACAACACCUCUGUCACUCCUGUCUGUUACUACAACAACACCUCUGUCACUCCUGUCUGUUACUACAACAUCACCUCUGUCACUCCUGUCUGUUACUACAACAACACCUCCAUCACUCCUGUCUGUUAUUACAACAACACCUCCAUCACUCCUGUCUGUUACUACAAACAACACCUCCGUCACUCCUGUCUGUUUACUACAACAACACCUCCAUCACUCCUGUCUGUUACUACAACAACACCUCCAUCACUCCUGUCUGUUACUAACAACAACACCUCCAUCACUCCUGUCUGUUACUACAACAACACCUCCAUCACUCCUGUCUGUUACUACAACACACCUCCGUCACUCCUGUCUGUUACUACAACAACACCUCCAUCACUCCUGUCUGUUACUACAACAACACCUCCAUCACUCCUGUCUGUUACUACAAACAACACCUCCAUCACUCCUGUCUGUUACUACAACCAACACCUCCAUCACUCCUGUCUGUUACUACAACAACACCUCCAUCACUCCUGUCUGUUACUACAACAACACCUCCAUCACUCCUGUCUGUUACUACAACAACACCUCCGUCACUCCUGUCUUUACUACAACAACACUCCAUCACUCCUGUCUGUUACUACAACAACACCUCCGUCACUCCUGUCUGUUACUACAACAACACCUCCAUCACUCCUGUCUGUUACUACAACAACACCUCCGUCACUCCUGUCUGUUACUACAACAACACCUCCAUCACUCCUGUCUGUUACUACAACAACACCUCUGUCAUUCCUGUCUGUUACUACAACAACACCUCCGUCACUCCUGUCUGUUACUACACAACACCCUCCGUCCUCCUGUCUGUUAUUACAAACAACACCUCCGUCACUCCUGUCUGUUAUUACAACAACACCUCCGUCACUCCUGUCUGUUACUACAACAACACCUCCAUCACUCCUGUCUGUUACUACAACAACACCUCCAUCACUCCUGUAUGUUACUACAACAACACCUCCAUCACUCCUGUCUGUUACUACAACAACACCUCCAUCACUCCUGUCGGUUACUACAACAACACCUCCAUCACUCCUGUCUGUUACUACAACAACACCUCCAUCACUCCUGUCUGUUACUACAACAACACCUCCGUCACUCCUGUCUGUUACUACAACAACACCUCCAUCACUCCUGUCUGUUACUACAACAACACCUCCAUCACUCCUGUCUGUUACUACAACAACACCUCCGUCACUCCUGUCUGUUACUACAACAACACCUCCAUCACUCCUGUCUGUUACUACAACAACACCUCCAUCACUCCUGUCUGUUACUACAACAACACCUCCAUCAUUCCUGUCUGUUACUACAACAACACCUCCAUCACUCCUGUCUGUUACUACAACAACACCUCCAUCACUCCUGUCUGUUACUACAACAACACCUCUGUCACUCCUGUCUGUUACUACAACAACACCUCCAUCACUCCUGUCUGUUACUACAACAACACCUCCGUCACUCCUGUCUGUUACUACAACAACACCUCCAUCACUCCUGUCUGUUAUUACAACAACACCUCCAUCACUCCUGUCUGUUACUACAACAACACCUCCGUCACUCCUGUCUGUUAUUACAACAACACCUCCAUCACUCCUGUCUGUUACUACAACAACACCUCCAUCACUCCUGUCUGUUAUUACAACAACACCUCCAUCACUCCUGUCUGUUACUACAACAACCUUUGUUCUCCGUAACUUUGUUCUUGUUUGAUCUGUUUGUCAGGAUUGAGGAUACUGCAUCUCUCUCUUCAUGAUUCAUUAAUUUAUUUUUUAGAUAUACAGUACCAGUCAAAGUUUGGACACACCUACUCAUUCAAGGGUUUUUACUUUAUUUUUUACUAUUUUCUACAUUGUAGAAUAAUAGCGAAGACAUCAAAACUAUGAAAUAACACAUAUGGAAUCAUGUAGUAACCAAAAAAGUGUUAAACAAAUCAAACUAUAUUUUAUAUUUGUGGUGCGUGAUUUGAAGGAGUCAGGCACAGGAGGGUAAAUCCCAGUAUACAGAGUUUAUUCCGUAAUCCAGCGUAACCAGUCCAGUGCGUAAAACAGGCACACGGGGGAAAUACCCCGGCAAUACAAAAUACUUAGCUCAACCGAGCUGCUAAUCCUCACAAUGAACAAUCACCCAGAAGGACAAGGGGGGCAGAGGGAACACUUAAACACGUACUAAUGAAGGGUCCUCAGAUCCUCAAAAAGUUCUACAGCUGCACCAUCGAGAGCAUCCUUACUGGUUGCAUCAACGCCUGGUAUGGCAACUGCUCGGCCUCCGACCGCAAGGCACUACAGAGGGUAGUGCGUACGGCCCAGUACAUCACUGGGGCCAAGCUUCCUGCCAUCCAGGACCUCUAUACCAGGCGGUGUCAGAGGAAGGCCCUCAAAAUUGUCAAAGACUCCAGCCACCCUAGUCAUAGACUGUUCUCUCUGCUACCGCACGGCAAGCGGUACCGGAGCGCCAAGUCUAGGUCCAAAAGGCUUCUCAACAGCUUCUACCCCCAAGCCAUAAGACUCUUGACCAGCUAAUCAUGGCUACCCGGACUAUUUGCACUGCCCCCCCACCCCAUCCUUUUUACGCUGCUGCUACACUGUUAAUUAUUUAUGCAUAGUCACUUUAACUCUACCCACAUUUACAUAUUACCUCAACUACCUCAACUAGCCGGUGCCCCCACACAUUGACUCUGCACCGGUACCGCCCUGUAUAUAGCCUCCCUACUGUUAUUUUUUAUAAAUGCAUUGUUGGUUAAGGGCUGUCAGUAAGCAUUUCACGGUAAUGUCUACACCUGUUUUAUUCGGCGCAUGUGGCAAAUAAAAUUUGAUUUGAUUUGAUUUGAAUAUGAACCAGGUGUGUGUAAUUGACAAGACAAGACAAAUGGAAUGAUGAGAUAUGGAGCGGCAGUGGCUAGAAGGCCGGUGACGACGAACACCGAAGCCUGCCCGAACAAGGAGGGGAGGCAGCUUCGUAGGAAGUCGUGACAAUAUUUGAGAUUCUUCAAAUAGCCACCCUUUGCCUUGACGACAGCUUUGCACAAUCUUGGCAUUCUCUCAACCAACUUCACCUGGAAUGCUUUUCCAACAGUCUUGAAGGAGUUCCCACAUAUGCUUAGCACUUGUUGGCUGUUUUCCUUCACUCUGCCGUCCGACUCAUCCCAAACCAUCUCAAUUGGGUUGAGGUCGGGGGAUUGUGGAGGCCAGGUCAUCUGAUGCAGCACUCCAUCACUCUCCUUCUUGGUAAAAUAGCCCUUACACAGCCUGGAUGUGUGUUGGGUCAUUGUCCUGUUGAAAAACAAAUGAUAGUCCCACUAAGCCCAAACCAGAUGGGAUGGCGUAUCGCUGCAGAAUGCUGUGGUAGCCAUGCUGGUUAAGUGUGCCUUGAAUUCUAAAUAAAUCACAGACAGUGUCACCAGCAAAGCACCCCCACACCAUAACACCUCCUCCUCCAUGCUUUACGGUGGGAACUACACAUGCGGAGAUCAUUCGUUCACCCACACCGCAUCUCACAAAGACACGGCGGUUGGAACCAAAUAUCUCCAAUUUGGACACAUUUCCACCGGUCUAAUGUCCAUUGCUCGUGUUUAUUGGCCCAAGCAGGUCUCUUCUUAUUAUUGGUGUCCUUUAGUAGUGGUUUCUUUGCAGCAAUUCGACCAUGAAGGCCUGAUUCACAGUCUCCUCUAAACAGUUGAUGUUGAGAUGUGUCUGUUACUUGAACUCUGUGAAGCAUUUAUUUGGGCUGCAAUUUCUGAGGCUGGUAACUCUAAUGAACUUAUCCUCUGCAGCAGAGUUAACUCUGGGACUUCCAUUCCUGUGGUGGUCCUCAUGAGAGCCAGUUUCAUCAUAUCGCUUGAUGGUUUUUGCGACUGCACUUGAAGAAACUUUCAAAGUUCUUGAAAUGUUCCGUAUUGACUGACCUUCAUGUCUUAAAGUAAUGAUAGACUGUCGUUUCUCUUUGCUUAUUUGAGCUGUUCUUGCCAUAAUAUGGACUUGGUCUUUUCCCAAAUAGGGCUAUCUUCUGUAUACCCCCCCCCCUCCCCCCACACCACCUUGUCACAACACAACUGAUUGGCUCAAACGCAUUAAGAAGGAAGGAAAUUCCACAAAUGAACUUUUAAGAAGGCACACCUGUUCAUUGAAAUGCAUUCCAGGGUGACUACCUCAUGAAGCUGGUUGAGAGAAUGCCAAGAGUGUGCAAAGCUGUCAUCAAGGCAAAGGGUGGCUACUUUGAAGAAUCUCAAAUAUAAAAAAUAUUUUGAUUUGUUUAACACUUUUUUGGUUACUACAUGAUUCCAUAUGUGUUAUUUCAUAGUUUUGAUGUUUUCAUUAUUAUUCUACAAUGUAAAAAAUUGUAAAAAAAUAAAGAAAAACCUUUGAAUGAGUAGGUGUGUCCAAACUUUUGCAUGGUAGUGUAUAUUACAAAAAAAUAUACAUAUUUAACCCCUUUUUUGGGUAGGCUCAAAACCACCUCCAUACUUCCCUUCAAACACCAUGAUGGUGUUUGUGAGAAUCUCCCCUUUCCACAGUGGGGUCACAUUAGUUUGUAGGCCAAACCGACUCUACAGAGAAGACCGAUUUUCGUGAUGUCUCAUGAUCUGACAAACUCCACUGUAGCUCGGCCACUUUCCACUAUAAACGACAUCUGAAUGGAUCUAGCUCAACAGGAUUUUAUCAUGUUACUCACCGGUGCGUGAAUAGACUCUAGGGGAUUUAAGCAAGUUUUGUCUACAAUGAUGAACAGAAGCUUGUAUUAGGCUACAGGAAGGCCUAAACCAAAGACAGUACAGUUUGAAAGAUGGGCAGAAACUGCUUCUUCAAUAGAAAUCCUCUAUUGCUCACGCUUGUAGGCGAUGUCAUGGUGACGUUGGCUACCUAAGCUCAUGUGCAGACACAAUGCAGAAACAAGUUAUCGGGUCUAACGGUCGUCUCGUGCCGAACUGCACAUGUGCAAGCCGUAAAAUCAAAGGCACUUCUUCGAUAUAAAGUUGUUUUUUGACGAAAAGAAAAUUAACAACUAAGGAAGAAUGUUUCACUUCUCUCAUUGACUGGUCUGAUUGGUCUGCUUCUCUCAUCUCAAACCCCGGCCUGGUCUGAUUGGCCUGCUUCUCUCAUCUCAAACCCCCGCCUGGUCUGAUUGGCCUGCUUCUCUCAUCUCAAACCCCGGCCUGGUCUGAUUGGCCUGCUUCUCUCAUCUCAAACCCCGGCCUGGUCUGAUUGGUCUGCUUCUCUCAUCUCAAACCCCGGCCUGGUCUGAUUGGUCUGCUUCUGCGUCUCGCGAUGUUGCGCCUCUGGGUUUAGAAACUCUGUGCCUAAACCAUAUAGCUACAUAUACUGAAGGUAAAGCAUAACCAUGCAUUAAAUAAUAGACACAGACACAUUACGUGGUGUAGCCUAUAAAUGGCAAAAUUGUAUCACAAAUAGUGUAAAACAUUGGCUCCGAUGCAUUGUAUUGAAUAACUGUUUCAACUGUUAAUUUGUAUCUGCCAUAAUUUCUUCAAAUAAAUUAAUUUGAAGUGAUCAUAUUGAUCCGUAUUCAAGUUAGAUACAGUUCCCUCCAAGGAAUUUUCUUUCAGGAAUUUUUUUGAAAGUUGAAGCUGAUUUACUGGAUAUCUACACAAUUUGAAAGCUCUAAAAUGCUAUUUGGAGAAAAGCAAAGACAAGCCAAAAUCACUCCAGCCAUUAUCCCUUUGGCUGCUGUAGCUUCAUUCACCUCAGUCGAUAAGGGCCGUACAUAACAUUCUAGAGCAAACACAUGCCGUGUCAAACUCAUUCCAUGGAGGGCCGAGUGUCUGCGGGUUUUCGCUCCACCAUUGUACUUGAUUGAUGAAUUAAGGUCACUAAUUAGUAAGAAACUCCCCUCACCUGGUUGUCUAGGUCUUAAUUGAAAGGAAAAAAACAAAAACGUGCGUACACUCGGCCCUCCGUGGAAUAAGUUUGACACCCUGGCCUAUAGCAAAAAACUGCUACACACUAGCUCAGCACCGGGAUUAAAAACUCUAUUAUUAUUUUUUAGGCGGUAGAUCAGCUUUAAUAUUGCAGAUAGAUUGUGCCUUCCAUCAAUGUUAUUGUCUGCAUCAUUUCCAGUUCCCCAUAUAUUUUUUUGUAAACUUUUGUGAACCAUCGCAGCACAGUUGAAAAAUAUAUGGCAAAUAGAAAUCAAAACUGGAUGAUGUUCAGAGAUACAGUGCAUUCGGAAAGUAUUCAGACCCCUUGACUUUUUCCACAUUUUGUUACGUUACAGCCUUAUUCUAAGAUGGAGUAAACAAAUAAAUCCCUUCAUCAAUCUACACACAACACCCCAUAAUGACAAAGCAAAAACAGGUUUUUAGACAUUUUUGAAAAUGUAGGCCCUUCUCCCCUGAUUGCUCAGUUUGGCCGGGCGGCCAGCUCUAGGAAGAGUCUUGGUGGUUCCAAACUUCUUCCAUUUAAGAAUGAUGGAGGCCACUCUGUUCUUGGGGACCUUCAAUGCUGCAGAAAUGUUUUGGUACCCUUCCCCAGAUCUGUGCCUCGACACAAUCCUGUCUCGGAGCUCUACGGACAAUCGCUUCGACCUCAUGGCUUGGUUUUUGCUCUGACAUGCACUGUGGGACCUUUUAUAGACAGUUGUGUACCUUUCCAAAUCAUGUACAAUCAAUUGAAUUUACCACAGGUGGACUCUAAUCAAGUUGUAGAAACAUCACAAGGAUGAUCAAUGGAAACAGGAUGCACCUGAGCUCAAUUUCGAGUCUCAUAGCAAAGAGUCUGAAUACUUAUGUAAAUAAGGUAUUUCUGUUUUUAUUUUGAAUACAUUUGCAAAAUGUUCUAAAAACCUGUUUUCGCUUUGUCAUUAUGGGGUGUUGUGUGUAGAUUGAUGAGGAUUUUUAUUUAUUUAAUUCAUUUUAGGAUAAGGCUGUAACGUAAAACAAAAUGUGAAAAAAGGGAAGGGGUCUGAAUACUUUCCGAAUGCACUGUAGAUGGAAGGGGUUGAGUGGAGGUGAAGGAUGGGACUAAAAACAAAGAAAAUAUAACUAUUGUAAAAUAUACUUUGUCCGUAACAUGUAUAUAGUAUGGACAGUGGCUUGCGAAAGUAUUCACCCCCCUUGGCAUUUUUCCUAUUUUGUAGCCUUACAACACAGAAUUAACAUUUAUUUUUGGGGGGGUUUGUAUCAUUUGAUUUACACAACAUGCCUACCACUUUGAAGAUGCUAAAUAUUUUUUGGGUGAAACAAACAAGAAAUAAGACAAAAAAAAACAGAAAACUUGAGCGUGCAUAACUAUUCUCCCCCCCAAAGUCAAUACUUUGUAGAGCCACCUUUUGCAGCAAUUACAGCUGCAAGUCUCUUGGGGUAUGUCUCUAUAAGCUUGGCACAUCUAGCCACUGGGAUUAUUGCCCAUCCUUCAAGGCAAAACUGCUCCAGCUCCUUCAAGUUGGAUGGGUUCCGCUGGUGUACAGCAAUCUUUAAGUCAUACCACAGAUUCUCAAUUGGAUUGAGGUCUGGGCAUUGACUAGGCCAUUCCAAGACAUUUAAAUGUUUCCCCUUAAACCAUUCAAGUGUUGCUUUAGCAGUAUGCUUAGGGUCCUUGUCCUGCUGGAAGGUGAACCUCAAAUCUCUGGAAGACUGAAACAGGUUUCCCUCAAGAAUUUCCCUGUAUUUAGUGCCAUCCAUCAUUCCUUCAAUUCUGACCAGUUUUUUCUUUAAGCAAUGGCUUUUUUCUAGCCACUCUUCCAUAAAGCCCAGCUCUGUGGAUUGUAUGGCUUAAAGUGGUCCUAUGGACAGAAACUCCAAUCUCCGCUGUGGAGCUUUGCAGCUCCUUCAGGGUUAUCUUUGGUCUCUUUGUUGCCUCUGAUUAAUGUGCUUCUUGCCUGGUCCGUGAGUUUUGGUGGGCGGCCCUCUCUUGGCAGGUUUGUUGUGGCGCCAUAUUCUUUCCAUUCCUUAAUAAUGGAUUUAAUGGUGCUCCGUGGGAUGUUCAAAGUUUUGGAUAUUUUUUUUAUAACCAUCACUGAUCUGUACUUCUCCACAACUUUAUCCCUGACCUGUUUGGAGAGCUCCUUGGUCUUCAUGGUGCCGCUUGCUUGGUGGUGCCCCUUGCUUGGUGGUGUUGCAGACUCUGGGGCCUUUCAGAACAGGUGUAUAUAUACUAAGAUCAUGUGACACUUACAUUGCACACAGGUGGACUUUAUUUAACUAAUUAUGUGACUUCUGAAGGUAAUUGGUUGCACCAGAUCUUAUUUAGGGGCUUCAUAGCAAAGGGGGUGAAUACAUAUGCACGCACCACAUUUCCGUUAUUUAUGUUUUAGAAUUUUAUGAAACAAGUUAUUUUUUUUAUUUCACUUCACCAAUUUGGACUAUUUUGUGUGUGUCCUGUGGUGUACAGCAGGUCAGCCACCAGGGGGAGACUCGUCGAGUCCUGGUAACAGAUGGAGAAUUCAUCACGAAGUGGUGGCUCCAUCUGCUGGACGUGCCAGGUCUCGGCGGGCUCCCCGGACAGGACUAACUGGGGCUGAUUGGGAGCUGGUGAGUAAUUAAGGGCGGAUUGCUCACCAGCUGUGCAAGGCCCAUAAAGCUGCCAGAAGGGCAGAGGACUGGGGGAACUAAGGUAACUGCCGUGUAGUUGGAGACAGUAUCCUGGAGAGGGUCUCAUGGGGGAGACCUUAACCUUUUCUUUUGAUUAUUUAUUAAUAAACACCCUUGAAACCGAGCUAAUCAUACACUGUCCGUGUCUUAUCUGUGUAAACGUCUUGACCCAAACCCCCUGAUCUGCCACAGUCCAUUACAUGAAAUCCAAAUAAAAAUCCAUUUAAAUUACAGGUUGUAAUGCAACAAAAUAGGAAAAACGCCAAGGGGGAUGAAUACUUUUGCAAGGCACUGUAUAAGCCGGAAGUAGAAGUCAAAGUGUUGUUGUUCAUUUCUUUCGGGAUAUGAAUACCGAGUAUGUCCACAUCACCAUCAGACCAUUUUAUUGGUAAACUACACAGUAACGUAAAAGUUGUGAUCCAAUACGUAUUAUAGUACACCAGUGUAAGGCGUGCAGCUCCCAUUUUGGGCUGGGCAUCCCAGCUCAGGCCCAGGCGGUCGUUUGAGACCUGGGAGGAUCCCAGGUCAAGGGAUCAAAAUUCUUUGCCGGCCGGAGCGGGGCUUGAACCAGCAUUCUACCUGUUGACCCAUCAAGCCAUAUGACUAGUGGAGGGUGCCGAGGGGAGCUACGAUUCCCAGAAUCCAUCCAUCCACCACGUGCGUACGCAUGUCCCCGCCCAGGGACCAAUUGGUCCCAGCUGGGGACUAAUUAUCGGCCCGCCAGCUGGGCUCAUUAGCCCCGACUUAGUAGGACCACUGUAUUUUAUCCACCUGGCAGGACUACGGGAUGGAAGCACCUGACUACUUAGCUAUAGGGCACUAGGGACAUCUGAGUGUCUGGUGAGUGAGGAGCUAUUGACUAACAACUAAUGGCAGGAAACUGACAAGUAAAGGCUGACUAAAGGUCCUACUAAUGGUCCAACAGGUCUCCAGCAACUGACCAUCACAGGCUGGUGUUACCAGCAGGGGCUCUGUAGUAGGGGAAGACUUGUCAGGGACUGACACAAUCUGAGACUCAAAGGAGGGAGCGCUCUGUGCUCCGUUGGCAGGGGCCGGCUUGUCCCAUGGAGCAGGGUCGGCUUGUCCCAUAGAGCAGGGUUGCCUUGUCCCCUAGAGCAGGGUCGGCUUGUCCCCUAGAGCAGGGUCGGCUUGUCCCCUAGAGCAGGGUCGGCUUGUCCCCUAGAGCAGGGUCGCCUUGUCCCCUAGAGCAGGGUCGGCUUGUCCCCUAGAGCAGGGUCGGCUUGUCCCCUAGAGCAGGGUCGCCUUGUCCCGUAGAGCAGGGUUGGCUUGUCCACUAGAGCAGGGAUGCCUUGUCCCAUGGAGCAGGGUCGGCUUGUCCCCUAGAGCAGGGUUGCCUUGUCCCAUGGAGCAGGGUCGGCUUGUCCACUAGAGCAGGGUCGGCUUGUCCCCUAGAGCAGGGUCGGCUUGUCCCCUAGAGCAGGGUCGGCUUGUCCACUAGAGCAGGGAUGCCUUGUCCCCUAGAGCAGGGUUGGCUUGUCCCCUAGAGCAGGGUUGCCUUGUCCCAUGGAGCAGGGUUGGCUUGUCCACUAGAGCAGGGAUGCCUUGUCACAUGGAGCAGGGUAUAUCUUAAUUCCAUUCUUUAACUUUUAGGUUUGUGUGUGUUGUUGUGAAUUGUUAGAUACUACUGCACUGUUGGAGCUAGGAACACAAGCAUUUUGCUACACCCGCAAUAACAUCUGCUAAAUAUGUGUAUGUGACCAAUAAAAUGUGAUUUGAUAACAUCAAAGAUCAAAGGAUAUUUACAAACAAGUAGGCUGUAUAAGUGCCAUUUCUUAAUACAAAUGUACAUUUGAGUCAUUUGGCAGACGCUCUUAUCCAGAGCAAUUAGGGUUAAGUGCCUUGCUCAAGGGCACAUCUGAAGUUAAGUUUUUCCGUGUCUAUGUCGUGUGUUUCAUGAUGAAAUAACAUACAUUUAUAGCUGACUAUAUGUGUCUUGCGAGGGAUGGCUUUAGUUCAUUUGGAACCACAUACAAAACAUUUACCUGUGUAGGCUCUUUACUUCCUGUUUACAACCUGGUGGUACGGCUUACUGCUGUCUGUGUGCACUUAGUACGAUAUGAAGCUAUUGGAUGGGCAGACAGGGGAUCUGAAGCUGUUGGAUGGGCAGACAGUGGAUCUGAAGCUGUUGGAUGGGCAGACAGUGGAUCUGAAGCUGUUGGAUGGGCAGACAGUGGAUCUGAAGCUGUUGGAUGGGCAGACAGUGGAUCUGAAGCUAUUGGAUGGGCAGACGGUGGAUCUGAAGCUGUUGGAUGGGCAGACAGUGGAUCUGAAGCUGUUGGAUGGGCAGACAGUGGAUCUGAAGCUGUUAAAGUGGCUGACGGUGGAUCUGGAGUUGUUAAAGGGGCAGACGGUGGAUCUGAAGCUAUUGGAUGGGCAGACGGUGGAUCUGGAGUUGUUAAAGGGGCUGACGGUGGAUCUGGAGUUGUUAAAGGGGCUGACGGUGGAUCUGGAGUUGUUAAAGGGGCUGACGGUGGAUCUGGAGUUGUUAAAGGGGCUGACGGUGGAUCUGGAGUUGUUAAAGGGGCUGAUGGUGGAUCUGGAGUUGUUAAAGGGGCUGAUGGUGGAUCUGGAGUUGUUAAAGGGGCUGACGGUGGAUCUGGAGUUGUUAAAGGGGCUGACGGUGGAUCUGGAGUUGUUAAAGGGGCUGAUGGUGGAUCUGGAGUUGUUAAAGGGGCUGACGGUGGAUCUGGAGUUGUUAAAGGGGCUGAUGGUGGAUCUGGAGUUGUUAAAGGGGCUGACGGUGGAUCUGGAGUUGUUAAAGGGGCUGACGGUGGAUCUGGAGUUGUUGGAGGGGCUGACGGUGGAUCUGGAGUUGUUGGAGGGGCUGACGGUGGAUCUGGAGUUGUUGGAGGGGCUGAUGGUGGAUCUGGAGUUGUUAAAGGGGCUGACGGUGGAUCUGGAGUUGUUAAGGGGCUGAUGGUGGAUCUGGAGUUGUUAAAGGGGCUGACGGUUGAUCUGGAGUUGUUAAGGGCUGACGGUGGAUCUGAGUUGUUGGAGGGGCUGACGGUGGAUCUGGAGUUGUUGGAGGGGCUGACGGUGGAUCUGGAGUGUUGGAGGGGCUGACGGUGAUCUGAGUUUUGUUGGAGGGGCUGACGGUGGAUCUGGAGUUGUUAAGGGGCUGACGGUGGAUCUGCGUUGUUUUAAAGGGGCUGACGGUGGAUCUGGAGUUGUUAAAGGGGCUGACGGUGGAUCUGGAGUUGUUAAAGGGGCUGACGGUGGAUCUGGAGUUGUUAAAGGGCAGACGGUGGAUCUGGAGUUUGUUAAAGGGGCUGACGGUGGAUCUGGAGUUGUUAAAGGGCUGACGGUGGAUCUGGAUUGUUAAAGGGGCAGACGGUGGAUCUGGAGUUGUUAAAGGGGCUGACGGUGGAUCUGGAGUUGUUAAGGGCUGACGGUGGAUCUGGAGUUGUUAAAGGGGAAGACGGUGGAUCUGGAGUUGUUAAAGGGGCUGACGGUGGAUCUGGAGUUGUUAAAGGGGCAGACGGUGGAUCUGGAGUUGUUGGAGGGGCAGACGGUGGAUCUGGAGUUGUUGGAUGGGCUGACGGUGGAUCUGAAGCUAUUGGAUGGGCAGACGGUGGAUCUGAAGCUAUUGGAGGGGCAGACGGUGGAUCUGGAGUUGUUAAAGGGGCUGACGGUGGAUCUGGAGUUGUUAAAGGGGCUGACGGUGGAUCUGGAGUUGUUAAAGGGCAGACGGUGGAUCUGGAGUUGUUAAAGGGGCUGACGGUGGAUCUGGAGUUGUUAAAGGGGCAGACGGUGGAUCUGGAGUUGUUAAAGGGGCAGACGGUGGAUCUGGAGUUGUUAAAGGGGCAGACGGUGGAUCUGGAGUUGUUAAAGGGGCAGACGGUGGAUCUGGAGUUGUUAAAGGGGCUGACGGUGGAUCUGGAGUUGUUAAAGGGGCAGACGGUGGAUCUGGAGUUGUUAAAGGGGCAGACGGUGGAUCUGGAGUUGUUAAAGGGGCAGACGGUGGAUCUGAUGAGCUACUGACGUCCACUUGGCUAUAGUAAGCAGCCUGGCAAGGCACACGUUGGCUUAACGACUUAUCAGGGGGUAGCUUCAUGGCUAACGUCACUAGCUGAAAGGAUAAACAACGUGCUCCACUCCACCUUAAACAACGUGCUCCACUCCACCUUAAACAACGUGCUCCACUCCACCUUAAACAACGUGCUCCACUCCACCUUAAACAACGUGCUCCACUCCACCUUAAACAACGUGCUCCACUCCACCUUAUAUCAACUUAAAUCGGGCGUUGGGUCCUUGUGUAUCAUCCAAAGAACAGAAAAAGGACACUCCCGUGAACAAACAUUUUUAUUGCCGCAAGAACAUUUGGGGUAUGAGCCCUUCUUCAGCGUGCAAGGCAAUGGCAAUCAAUGUUACAACGACAAUACUUCACAGGUUAAUGUUGAGCCCCUCAGGUGGGCAUAAUUAUACAUUCUCAGUCAGUAUUGGCAGGUGGGCAUAAUUAUACAUUCUCAGUCAGUAUUGGCAGGUGGGCAUAAUUAUACAUUCUCAGUCAGUAUUGGCAGGUGGGCAUAAUUAUACAUUCUCAGCCAGUAUUGGCAGGUGGGCAUAAUUAUACAUUCUCAGUCAGUAUUGGCAGGUGGGCAUAAUUAUACAUUCUCAGCCAGUAUUGGCCCAAUCAAGAGAUCCCAGCAGAGGGCGUUGUGGGGGAAUCAUUACAUUUUACAUUUACAUUUACGUCAUUUAGCAGACGCUCUUAUCCAGAGCGACUUACAAAUUGGUGCAUUCACCUUAUAGACAGUGGGAUAACCACUUUACAAUAUGUUUUUUUUUUUUCUUUUCUUUGGGGUGGGGUAAGGGGGGGGAGAAGGAUUACUUUAUCCUAUCCCAGGUAUUCCUUAAAGAGGUGGGGUUUCAAGUUUCUCCGGAAGGUGGUGAGUGACUCCACUGUCCUUGCGUCGUGAGGGAGCUUGUUCCACCAUUGGGGUGCCAGAGCAGCGAACAGUUUUGACUGGGCUGAGCGGGAAUUGUGCUUCCGCAGAGGUAGGGGGGCCAGCAGGCCAGAGGUGGAUGAACGCAAUGCCCUCGUUUGGGUGUAGGGACUGAUCAGAGCCUGAAGGUACGGAGGUGCCGUUCCCCUCACAGCUCCGUAGGCAAGCACCAUGGUCUUGUAGCAGAUGCAAGCUUCAACUGGAAGCCAGUGGAGUGUGCGGAGGAGCGGGGUGACGUGAGAGAACUUGGGAAGGUUGAACACCAGACGGGCUGCGGCAUUCUGGAUGAGUUGUAGGGGUUUAAUGGCACAGGCAGGGAGCCCAGCCAACAGCGAGUUGCUGUAAUCCAGACGGGAGAUGACAAGUGCCUGGAUUAGGACCUGUGCCGCUUCCUGUGUAAGGCAGGGUCGUACUCUCCGAAUGUUGUAGACCAUGAACCUACAGGAUCGGGUCACCGCCUUGAUGUUAGCGGAGACCGACAGGGUGUUGUCCAGGGUCACGCCAAGGCUCUUUGCACUCUGGGAGGAGGACACAAUGGAGUUGUCAACCGUGAUGGCGAGAUCAUGGAACAGGCAGUCCUUCCCUGGGAGGAAGAGCAGCUCCGUCUUGCCGAGAUUCAGCUUGAGGUGGUGAUCCGUCAUCCACACUGAUAUGUCUGCCAGAUAUGCAGAGAUGCGAUUCGCCACCUGGUUAUCAGAAGACGGAAAGGAGAAGAUUAGUUGUGUGUCGUCUGCGUAGCAAUGAUAGGAGGCCAUGUGAGGAUAUGAAAGAGCCAAGUGACUUGGUGUAUAGCGAGAAUAGGAGAGGGCUUAGAACUGAGCCCUGGGGACACCAGUGGUGAGAGCACAUGGUGCGGAGACAGAUUCUCGCCACGCCACUUGGUAGGAGCGACCGGUCAGGUAGGACGCAAUCCAAGAGUGAGCCGCGCCGGAGAUGCCCAACUCGGAGAGGGUGGAGAGGAGGAUCUGAUGGUUCACAGUAUCAAAGGCAGCAGACAGGUCUAGAAGGACAAGAGCAGAGGAGAGAGAGUUAGCUUUAGCAGUGCGGAGAGCCUCCGUGACACAGAGAAGAGCAGUAUCAGUUGAAUGACCAGUCCUGAAACCUGACUGGUUUGGAUCAAGAAGGUCAUUCUGAGAGAGAUAGCAAGAGAGUUGGCUAAAGACGGCACGCUCAAGAGUUUUGGAGAGAAAAGAAAGAAGGGAUACUGGUCUGUAGUUGUUGACAUCAGAGGGAUCGAGUGUUGGUUUUUUGAGAAGGGGAUCAACUCUCGCUCUCUUGAAGACGGAAGGGACAUAGCCAGCGGUCAAGGAUGAGUUGAUGAGUGAGGUGAGGUAAGGGAGAAGGUCACCGGAGAUGGUCUGGAGAAGAGAGGAGGGGAUAGGGUCAAGCGGGCAGGUUGUUGGGCGGCCGGCCGUCACAAGUCGCAAGAUUUCAUCUGGAGAGAGAGGGGAGAAAUAAGUCAAAGCAUAGGGUAGGGCAGUGUGAGCAGGACCAGCAGUGUCAUUUGACUUAACAAACGAGGAUCAGAUGUCGUCAACCUUCUUUUCAAAAUGGUUGACGAAGUCAUCCACAGAGAGGGAGGAAGGGGGGGGAGGGGGAGGAGGAUUCAGCAGGGAGGAUAAGGUGGCAAAGAGCUUCCUAGGGUUAGAGGCAGAUGCUUGGAAUUUAGAGGGAUAGAAAGUGGCUUUAGCAGCAGAAACAGAUGAAGAAAAUGUAGAGAGGAGGGAGUGAAAAGAUGCCAGGUCCGCAGGGAGUCUAGUUUCCUCCAUUUCCACUCGGCUGCCCGGAGCCCUGUUCUGUGAGCUCGCAAUGAGUCGUCAAGCCACAGAGCAGGAGGGGAGGACCGAGCCGGCCGGGAGGAUAGGGGACAUAGAGAGUCAAAGGAUGCAGAAAGGGAGGAGAGGAGAGUUGAGGAGGCAGAAUCAGGAGAUUGGAGGGAGAAGGCUUGAGCAGAGGGAAGAGAUGAUAGGAUGGAAGAGGAGAGAGUAGCGGGAGAGAGAGAGAGCGAAGGUUGCGACGGCGCAUUACCAUCUGAGUAGGGGCAGAGUGAGUAUUGUUGGAGGAGAGCGAGAGAGAAAAUGAUACAAAGUAGUGGUCAGAGACUUUGAGGGGAGUUUUAGUGAGAUUAGUAGAAGAACAGCAUCUAGUAAAGAUGAGGUCAAGCGUAUUGCCUGCCUUGUGAGUAGGGGGGGACGGUGAGAGGGUGAGGUCAAAAGAGGAGAGGAGUGGAAAGAAGGAGGCAGAGAGAAAUUAGUCAAAGGUAGAUGUAGGGAGGUUGAAGUCACCCAGAACUGUGAGGGGUGAGCCAUCCUCAGGAAAGGAAUUUAUCAAGGCGUCAAGCUCAUCAAUGAACUCUCCAAGGGAACCUGGAGGGCGAUAAAUGACAAGGAUGUUAAGCUUGAAUGGGCUAGUGACUCUGACAGCAUGGAAUUCAAAUGAGGAGAUAGACAGAUGGGUCAGGGGAAAAAGAGAGAAUGUCCACUUGGGAGAGAUGAGGAUUCCUGUGCCACUACCCCGCUGACCAGAUGCUCUCGGGUAUGCGAGAACACAUGGUCAGACGAGGAGAGAGCAGUAGAAGUAGCAGUGUUUUCAGUGGUAAUCCAUGUUUCCGUCAGCGCCAAGAAGUCGAGGGACUGGAGGGUAGCAUAGGCUGAGAUGAACUCUGCCUUGUUGGCCGCAGAACGGCAGUUCCAGAGGCUGCCGGAGACCUGGAACUCCAUGUGGGUCGUGCGUGCAGGGACCACCAGGUUAGAGAGGCAGCAGCCACGUGGUGUGAGGCAUUUGCAUAGCCUGUGCGGAGAGGAGAGAACAGGGAUAGACAGAGGCAUAGUUGACAGGCUACAGAAAAUGGCUACAAUAAUGCAAAGGAGAUCGGAAUGAAAUUAACUAAACAUCUGGGAAAGGCGAGAGCAGGGCCUCCCUCACCACAACACCCAAAUAUAACUCUCCCAACUUCCACCUCAGAAACUAUAGUUGUUGUAAACUACAGUGGUUCAAUGUUUUCUAGGAAUAGACUAAUUUAGUUUAUUCAGCUAGCUAACUUGGUACAGUGAAAACCGUCCAGGGCACCUAGUCAUAUGACGCCACAGCCAACUAGCAUGCCGGCCUCCAACAACACGGUUUAGCACCAAUACUCGGCCACAACAAACCACAAGUGUGUCAACACGCCAAGCAGAUCAUUCGUGUCCGUGUCUAACGUUGUGGGUUAGUCCCGACAGCUUGAGCGAGUCCGUCGUCAACUUAUUCAGCCAGUUAGUUACUGUAGCUAGAAUAGUUAGCAUACUAGCUAGCCAUUGCUUUCUGCCAACGAAGAAACCCCUCCUCCCACAGCACGAACACACAGAGAGAGCCAAGCUAACGUUAACUAGUCACCCAUGUCCCGAAUUCCCUUGAACGACUCUGGCUACCAGUAUGUAAAAACAAAACACAAAUGUAGGUUAUAACUUACACCUAGCAGCUACUGUUAGCUAGCCAAGUGCAAAGCUAGCCACUGAAUCGACUCAGCCAGUUCGCGUCUGUUCAGUAGGUCGUUCCAGCUAUUGUUUAGUAGCUAUCCAGGUAGCAACUAGCUAGCUACAUUUCGAGCACAGUAGCUACUUACUACCUAACGUUAACGCGUCAGACAAUGAGGUUAGAAAAACGGCUGAAUGGUAGGCAUUAUUGUAUGUAAUUAUUGUAGGCAGCUAGCUGGCAUAAUUACAGGUACUCUCAGGCGUGAAACAACUAUCCACAGUUGCUAAUAGUUACCAGUAGCUACCCGCCAGCUAGUCCAGGUAGUGGGUUAGCUAGCUUCGUGCUUCACCGGCUCAGCCGAAUACAACAAUACUAACCCUACAAUAAUACAUACAACACCCACGAUAACUUCCUACAACAAUACCUAACUACAAUCUACAAUUAAAUACAUAGUUUUAAGCUUUUAGACUCGACAAAGCUUAAACUAUGUAUAUAAGCCAUAUAAGCCAAGCUUACCUCCCGCCAGAGAGAGACACAACCUCACCCAACGACGACGACGUCGUAUGUAUGACAAUCAAAUAAAGGUAGACACACAAUACAGUACAUUAUGAUGUCAUUCCCUAAAUGUUUGGCCUAUUUAGAACCUACUGCAAAAAACAACAAUAAAAAUACCAUUCCUCAUUAAGGCCUGCAGGUGCAUGAGUGACCAAGCGGUCUUAGUUCAUGAUUACGGCUGUUGCCUGGCAACAGGUGAUUUUACAUCAUGAUUACGGCUGUUGAAAUGCCUGGCAACAGGUGAUUUUACAUCAUUGAUUACGGCUGUUGAAAUACCUAGCAACAGGUGAUUUUACAUCAUGAUUAUGGCUGUUGAAAUGCCUGGCAACAGGUGAUUUUACAUCAUGAUUACGGCUGUUGAAAUACCUGGCAACAGGUGAUUUUACAUCAUUGAUUACGGCUGUUGAAAUACCUGGCAACAGGUGAUUUUACAUCAUUGAUUACGGCUGUUGAAAUGCCUGGCAACAGGUGAUUUUACAUCAUUGAUUACGGCUGUUGAAAUGCCUGGCAACAGGUGAUUUUACAUCAUUGAUUACGGCUGUUGAAAUGCCUGGCAACAGGUGAUUUUACAUCAUUGAUUACGGCUGUUGAAAUGCCUGGCAACAGGUGAUUUUUUUCAUCAUGGUUGUGAAUGGAGCUCUUAUGGUCACAUGUCCUUGUCUUAAGUUCACGUUUGGUCUUACCCACAUAAUACAAGUUACAGGAACACUGAAGGAGAUUUACGACAUAUUUUUCUGUUUCAUGUUAUUCUUCCUCUCACCCACCUGGUCAUGGCUUAACAGUGGACAACGUUGUGACAAGGGAAUUAUUAUUAUUAUUUUAUUAUUAUUUAACCUUUAUUUAACAAGUCAAUUAAGAACAAAUUCUUAUUUACCAUGACGGCCAAACACCGGCCAAACCCGGACGACACAUUGUUCUUAACUGACUUGCCUAGUUAAAUAAAGGUACAAUUAAAAUUAAAAUUAAAAAAUUAAAAAAUGUAAUGCCUGUUCUGAUGAUGCUUACAUAACCAACUACAAUUACAAGCUGAGCAAACAAUGGAAUGGAAAAUAAAUUAUUACAAUGUACAGAAAGCCCAUGUUCGUUAUAGUCUACUCCUGCGCUCAGGGUCCUAUCACACAUUGACUACUGAGGGUUCCCAAUGUUACAAUAUGUUUGAGGGGGGCCACAUCUACAUUUCAGUUGUUAUGAGGGUCCUCGUGAGCACCACUGAAAUUAGAACCAGGUCUGUGUUCUAACCAGCCAUCACUUCCUCCUGUCUUGGUUAUAACCCAUAUUACAUAGAGCAUCACUUCCUCCUGUCUUGGCUAUAACCCAUAUUACAUAGAGCAUCACUUCCUCCUGUCUUGGCUAUAACCCAUAUUACAUAGAGCAUCACUUCCUCCUGUCUUGGCUAUAACCCAUAUUACAUAGAGCACCACUUCCUCCUGUCUUGGCUAUAACCCAUAUUACAUAGAGCAUCACUUCCUCCUGUCUUGGCUAUAACCAUAUUACAUAGAGCAUCACUUCCUCCUGUCUGGCUAUAACCCAUAUUACAUAGAGCAUCACUUCCUCCUGUCUUGGCUAUAACCCAUAUUACAUAGAGCAUCACUUCCUCCUGUCUUGGCUAUAACCCAUAUUACAUAGAGCAUCACUUCUCCUGUCUUGGUUAUAACCCAUAUUACAUAGAGCAUCACUUCCUCCUGUCUUGGUUAUAACCCAUAUUACAUAGAGCAUCACUUCCUCCUGUCUUGGCUAUAACCCAUAUUACAUAGAGCAUCACUUCCUCCUGUCUUGUCUAUAACCCAUAUUACAUAGAGCAUCACUUCCUCCUGUCUUGGUUAUAACCCAUAUUACAUAGAGCACCACUUCCUCCUGUCUUGGUUAUAACCCAUAUUACAUAGAGCAUCACUUCCUCCUGUCUUGGCUAUAACCCAUAUGACAUAGAGCAUCACUUCCUCCUGUCUUGGCUAUAACCCAUAUUACAUAGAGCAUCACUUCCUCCUGUCUUGGCUAUAACCCAUAUUACAUAGAGCAUCACUUCCUCCUGUCUUGGCUAUAACCCAUAUUACAUAGAGCAUCACUUCCUCCUGUCUUGGCUAUAACCCAUAUUACAUAGAGCAUCACUUCCUCCUGUCUUGUCUAUAACCCAUACAGGAAAACUAGUGUUAUUGUUCGUAGAAUAUAAGCUAACUAGUAAUUCUGUACUCCAAACACAUCAACAAUAUAAUAUCUGGAUGAAGUUUGAUAAUACUUAGUAAAUAAUAAGGAAGAAUUACAUUAUAAUUACACGAUAAUUACAUAAUUACAUGAUAAUUACAUGAAAAUUACAUGAUUAUUUCAUGAUAAUUACAUAUGUAUAUAUUGCAAGUGCUGGUUAAUCAAUUAUUUAUUAUUUUUUGGGGGGGGCGGGGGGUCGAGGUGAGGAGGAGGAUUAUUUAAGAUACUGUUUGAAGAGGAAGGGUUUCAGAUGUUUUCGGAAGAUGGGCAGGGACUCUGCUGUCCUAGCUUCAGGGGGAAGCUGGUUCCACCAUUGGGGUGCCAGGACAGAGAAGAGCUUCAGGGGGAAGCUGGUUCCACCAUUGGGGUGCCAGGACAGAGAAGAGCUUCAGGGGGAAGCUGGUUCCACCAUUGGGGUGCCAGGACAGAGAAGAGCUUCAGGGGGAAGCUGGUUCCACCAUUGGGGUGCCAGGACAGAGAAGAGCUUCAGGGGGAAGCUGGUUCCACCAUUGGGGUGCCAGGACAGAGAAGAGCUUGGACACCUACAGAACAGAAGCAGAUUAACAGCCAAAAGCAUUUCCAACGCCUUCGCCUUGGUUGUAUCGUAUAUAGUUAUUAAAAAAUAUAUAUAUAUAUGAAAAAAUCUAGCAGAUCUUAAUUUAUUUCCACAAUUGACUAAUAAUAUGAGUAAUAAUGUAGGCAUUCCGUACGAAGGUUUGUAUAACCAGGACUGGCAAUUACUGUGAUUCAUCCUAUACUGUCCCUAACAUCAUUACCCCAUAGCAACAGAUGUGGGAUGCAUACAUGCAUUCUCCACACCCCUCCCCCACAAACACAUCUACCCCUCUCUCCCCUUCCACCUCUAGACUGACCUACACCCCCCCCACACACACACACUCCCUCCCUCCCUCCCUCCCUCACUCCCCCCUCCCUCCCUCCCUCCCUCCCUCCCUCACUCACUCAACCACAAGCUCAGAUGUUCAACAGUUGUUCCAUCCCUGAGCACAACUCAAGAGAAGACUUGAUGUGUGAAUACUGGAUACAGUUGUAGCUGUUUGAGAAGGCGUGCCAAAUUGAGCCGGAAUGGGGAGAUUUGAUUAACCAAGCUGUUGUUAACAAAGAGACACACAACCCCGCCCUUGAGUUUACAAGACGCUGCUGUUCUGUCCUGCCGAUGCAUAGAAAAACCAGCUAGAUUUAUAUUAACCAUGUUCUCAUUUAAGCCAUGACCCCGUGAAGCAUAGGAUAUCACAGUUCUUCAGGUCCCGUUGAUAGAAUAGUCUGGAACGGAGCUCAUCCUGUUUGUUCUCCAGUGAUUGUACAUUCACCAGUAGAAGAGAGGUUAGAGAGGGUUGAUUUACUCUCCUCUGUAGUUUCAUCAGGCUGCCCCCACGUCAGCCUCUAUAUCUCUGUAGUUUCAUCAGGCUGCCCCCACGUCAGCCUCUAUAUCUCUGUAGUUUCAUCAGGCUGCCCCCACGUCAGCCUCUAUAUCUCUGUAGUUUCAUCAGGCUGCCCCCACGUCAGCCUCUAUAUCUCUGUAGUUUCAUCAGGCUGCCCCCACGUUGGCCUCUAUAUCUCUGUAGUUUCAUCAGGCUGCCCCCACGUUGGCCUCUAUAUCUCUGUAGUUUCAUCAGGCUGCCCCCACGUCAGCCUCUAUAUCUCUGUAGUUUCAUCAGGCUGCCCCCACGUUGACCUCUAUAUCUCUGUAGUUUCAUCAGGCUGCCCCCAUGUCAGCCUCUAUAUCUCUGUAGUUUCAUCAGGCUGCCCCCACGUUGACCUCUAUAUCUCUGUAGUUUAAUCAGGCUGCCCCCACGUUGGCCUCUAUAUCUCUGUAGUUUCAUCAGGCUGCCCCCACGUUGGCCUCUAUAUCUCUGUAGUUUCAUCAGGCUGCCCCCACGUUGACCUCUAUAUCUCUGUAGUUUCAUCAGGCUGCCCCCACGUCAGCCUCUAUAUCUCUGUAGUUUCAUCAGGCUGCCCCCACGUUGACCUCUAUAUCUCUGUAGUUUCAUCAGGCUGCCCCCACGUCAGCCUCUAUAUCUCUGUAGUUUCAUCAGGCUGCCCCCACGUUGACCUCUAUAUCUCUGUAGUUUCAUCAGGCUGCCCCCACGUUGGCCUCUAUAUCUCUGUAGUUUCAUCAGGCUGCCCCCACGUUGACCUCUAUAUCUCUGUAGUUUCAUCAGGCUGCCCCCACGUUGGCCACUAUAUCUCUGUAGUUUCAUCAGGCUGCCCCCACGUUGACCUCUAUAUCUCUGUAGUUUCAUCAGGCUGCCCCCACGUCAGCCUCUAUAUCUCUGUAGUUUCAUCAGGCUGCCCCCACGUUGACCUCUAUAUCUCUGUAGUUUCAUCAGGCUGCCCCCACGUUGGCCUCUAUAUCUCUGAAGUUUCAUCAGGCUGCCCCCACGUUGACCUCUAUAUCUCUGUAGUUUCAUCAGGCUGCCCCCACGUCGGCCUCUAUAUCUCUGUAGUUUCAUCAGGCUGCCCCCACGUCAGCCUCUAUAUCUCUGUAGUUUCAUCAGGCUGCCCCCACGUCAGCCUCUAUAUCUCUGUAGUUUCAUCAGGCUGCCCCCACGUUGACCUCUAUAUCUCUGUAGUUUCAUCAGGCUGCCCCACGUCGGCCUCUAUAUCUCUGUAGUUUCAUCAGCCUGCCCCCACGUUGGCCGCUAUAUCUCUGUAGUUUCAUCAGGCUGCCCCCACGUUGACCUCUAUAUCUCUGUAGUUUCAUCAGGCUGCCCCCACGUUGACCUCUAUAUCUCUGUAGUUUCAUCAGGCUGCCCCCACGUCAGCCUCUAUAUCUCUGUAG